AUUUAUGAUAAAAAUAAUACUUGGAUUGGUGACAUUAUUGAGUGUAGUAGCUUAAGAUGCUAUUAUAUGUAGUGGUUUUAUAAGAAUUCCAAAAGCAGAUAAAUAAGAUAUUAAUGUGAAUCAAAUAGAAAUGAAACUUUUAGGAACAAAUAACUAAUUUAUUGAUUAUAUUGAGAUAUCUGAAAAUGGAUUCUACUCUAUAGAAAUCGAAGAUGAUGCUUCUUCAUUAAUUGAUUACAUCAUUUUUAUUUAACCAAAAGUAAAAGGAUUUGUGGCCAGUCCAAGUUAAAUUAAUUUAAAAUUUCAAUCCAAAACAUUUGAUGAGGCUAGCUCUUUUUGUAAUAAAUAGUUGAAUUUUUCUAUUAAGAGAGCCCCAGUUGAAGAGCCAAAAGUAUAAUAAUAAUAAUAGUAAUAUUAGUAACAAUAAUAAUAAUAAUAAUAAUAAUAAUAAUAAUAAUAACAAUAACAACAAUAAAAGUAAUAACAAUAACAACAAGAAAAAACUAUAUUUUAAGAUGAUAAUGUUGAGAAAUUAUCAUAAUAAGCAGAAGUAGAUACAAACAUUGAAUAUAUAGAGGCUUAAACUAAUUAAUAAGAAUAGGAUUAAGCAUUUAUUGAAUAAGUAACAGAAAGGGAAUAAGAAAAGCAAUAAGUGUAAACUGAUGAAAUAUAGGAAGAAUUAUUGAAUUCAGAUAUUGAUGAAAAAUCAUUUGAUCAUUUUAGAUUAAUAGGAUAAAUAGUUUUUGAAGGAGAUUUUACAUAAGCAGAAAAAAAUUUAUAUUAUAUUAAGUCUUUUAAAGUUUUUGAUAAUUAAGAUGGUAUUAUAUUUAGGAUUGUUAUUAGAAUAACUUUAAGGUAGAACAUUGAGUUUUUAUAAUUACUUUGAAGUUGAAACAAAUGAAGCAAAAACUCUAAAAUUAUAAUUAGUUGUUGAGAAAACUAAGGAAAAAGGAGAAAAUGUUCAUAAGUAAUUAAAUUUCGAAUAAAAUAUAUCAAAAAUUUCAUUACUCAAUAGAUAGAUAACUACUCAACCAGUAUUAUAUUUUAUAAUUAUUUAGAUCAUAUUUGCCAUAAAGAAGGAAACCCCAUCAAAAGAAUAGAAUAAAAUAGGUCAAGUAUUUGCUCCAUUAAUAAUUUUUGGAUUAGUUUUGGCUAUGUUUAAUUAUGAUAAAAUAUUAAAAAAAAAGUGAU